AUGUACCGCAUCGGCGUAGACGUGGGCGGCACAAACACCGACGCCGCCCUGCUCGACGUCACGGCCCUCGACUCCCCCGGCCGGGGCGUCCUCGCCUCGCACAAGUCGUCCACAACGCCCGACAUCACGUCGGGCAUCGAGGCCGCCAUCGCCGCCGUGCUCCGGCAGUCGGGCGUCGCCGCCGACCAGGACAAGCUGAGCCGCCUGCUGUCCGUCACCGUCGGCACGACGCACUUUAUCAACGCGCUCGUCGAGGCCGACGCGCGGCGCCUGGCCCGCGUCGCCGUCGUGCGCCUCUGCGGGCCCUUCACGCGCGAGAUCCCGCCCCUCAGCGACUUUCCCGUCGGCCUGAGGCGCGUCCUCGACGGCGGGGUCACCUACCUCGGCGGCGGGCUCGAGAUCGACGGGCGCGAGAUCGCGCCGCUGGACGAGGAGGCCGUGCGGGCCGCGGCGCGGGAUAUCGCGCGGUCCGGCGUGCGGGCCGUGGCGCUGGUCGGCGUGUUCGCGAGCAUGGACCACGCGGGGGCGCACGAGCGGCGGUGCAGGGAGGUCAUGCUCGAGGCGGUGGCGGCCGAGGGCCUGCUGGCGCCGGGCGAGGAGUUCGACGUCGUGUGCUCGGGCGAGGUCGGGGGUCCGGGGCUCCUCGAGCGCGAGAACGCGACGGUGCUCAACGCGGCGGUCCUGCGCACGGCGCGGCGGGCCAUCGCCGGCUUCCGGAGGGCCAUGGCGCGGCUCGGCCUCGCGGCCUGCCCGCUGUACCUGUCGCAGAACGACGGGACGCUCAUCGAGGCGGCCGCCGCGGCCGAGUUCCCCAUCAAGACGUUCGCCAGCGGGCCGACGAACAGCAUGACGGGCGCGGCGUUCCUGGCCGGGCUGGACAAGCCGCACUCGGUGGUGGUGGCGGAGGGAGCACUAGGUGGUGGUGGUGGUGGUGGCCAGGAGAAACAAGGGGAGGAGGGGGGAGGGGAGCGAGGGGAGCCGCCGCCGCAGGUCCUGGUCGUCGACAUCGGCGGCACGACCACCGACGUGUGCGCCCUGCUGCCGUCCGGGUUCCCACGGCAGGCGCCCGGAUUCGUCGAGGUGGGCGGCGUGCGGACGGCCUUCUCGAUGCCAGAGGUCAAGUCCAUCGGCUUGGGGGGCGGGUCCAAGGUCGUCGUCGCCGCCGACGAGGCUGCGGGCGAGGUCGAGGUCGAGGUCGGCCCGGCCUCGGUGGGCCACUACCUCACGACGCAGGCGCGCGUGUUCGGCGGGCCGACCCUGACGGCGACCGACAUCGCCGUCGCGACGGGCAAAGUGACCGAGCAGCUCGGAGACGCCAGUCUCGUCGCGGACCUGCCGCCGCGGGUCGUGAGCAAGGCCCGCCUCCGCAUCAAGAAGAUGCUCGAGGCCGUCGUCGACGAGAUGAAGGUCUCGGCGGCGCCCGUGCACGUCCUCCUCGUCGGCGGCGGGUCCGUCCUGCUCGCGGCCGUCGACGGCGACGGCGACGGCGGGGAGCAGGAGCUCGAGGGCGUGGCGCGGUGCGUGCGCCCCCUGCACCACGGGGCCGCCAACGCCGUGGGCGCGGCCAUCGCCAGAGUGGCGGGCGAGGUGGACCGGAUGGAGAUCCUCGAGGGCCGGGACGAGAGGGCCGUGCUGGCCGAGGCGUGCGCCGAGGCCGUCGAGCGGGCGGUCGCCCGGGGCGCGGACCGGCGGACGGUGCAGAUCGUCGACGUGGCCAAGGUGCCGCUGCAGUACGUCAGCAACCGCGCGACGAGGAUCCAGGUGCGCGCCGUGGGCAAGCUGGCCGUGCCGGACGCGGCUAGCCUCGCGGAGAGGCAGCGGCAGCAGCAGCAGCAGCCAGGAGACGCCCGGGAGUCUGCGGCUGUGGACCUGAACGACGACGACGAGCCCGAGGGCGACAAGGUCCCCGUCCCGGACGCCCUGGAGCCGAGCUGCCGGCCCUCGCUCAGGGUCGACCUCGACGCCUACCGGCCCGAGGUGCGCGGCGGCGUGUGGUACCCGUCCGAGGUGGACCUCGAGCUCAUCGGCACGGGCGCCGGCGUCCUGGGCACCGGGGGCGGCGGGCCGACGCACCACGAGUUCCUCAAGAGCGUCGACGCGCUGCGCCGGGCCGGGCCGGGCAAGAUGCGCGUCGUCGACCCCUCGGCGCUGCGGGACGCGGACCUCGUGGCCUUUGGGGCGUGGUACGGCGCGCCGAGCGUCAGCAGCGAGCGCAUCUCCGGCGGCAACGAGAUGAGCCUCGGCAUCGACACGCUGACCAAGAUCAUGGGCAUCGAGAGCGUGGCCGGGAUCGUGUCGGAUGAGAUUGGUGGGCAGAACGGCCUGAGUGCAUUCCCGACGAGCGUCAAGUACGGCAUCCCGGUUGUCGACGCGGACGGCAUGGGCAGGGCGUAUCCUACCAUGUAUCAUACAACCAUGUACGUCUACGACCAACCGAUCUGCCCCGUCGUAUUGACGGACGGCCGAGACAACUGCUCAGUUGUGAUGAAUGGCGAGUCGCCAGCCCGCAUCGAGACGAUGCUGCGGACGACCGCCGUCGAGCUUGGCCUGAGCUGCGCCGUCUGCGCGCGCCCCUUGCCCGGCAAGGUGAUCAAAGAGCUGGCCAUUCCCAACACCGUCUCUCAGGCUUGGUACUUGGGCCGUGCCGUGCACGCAGCACGCAAGAACAAGACGAGCUACGUCGAUGCCAUUUUCGACAUUAACCCCGGCAAAUUGCUCUUCACGGGCAAGAUCGCCGACGUCCAGCGGGACAUCGGGCGUGGCUACACCAUGGGCAGCGUUCUCAUCGCACCGCUCAGCAGCGACGAGCGAGAGGGCGCCGGAGCAGGCAAGGUCGCAGCCCUGGCACCGAGCAAUCCUAGGAUGCAGCACAUGUUCAUUCCCUUCCAGAACGAGUAUCUUUACGCCGCCUUCACCGACGAGAACGGCUCGGCCGAGGGCCGAGAGGUGGCGUGCACAGUGCCAGACCUCAUCUCAAUCCUGGGCCAGGACGGCGAGGCGAUAGGGUCUCAGGAGCUGCGGUACGGGCUCAGAGUCAAUGUGAUUGCCAUGCCUGCGCACCCGCUCUGGAAAAUGGAGAAGGGCCUCAAGGUCGGGGGCCCAGAGAACUUCAAGCUCGACAUGCCGUUUGUCGGCGUGGGCGAGUACACGAACCCCAAGAGCGUGAUUCGUGAGUUUGGGAGUGGUGUCUAG